CCUGUUCUUCUGUUUAUUAUCUAUCCCUUGGAAGUCACGGGGAGUGUAUCCCACGGUAUUGCUAUAGUCUGUACCAUUUUCAGGCUUGUUUACAGAGGUUGGACGCGUCACGUCUGGUGGGAAGAUGCAUGGGCAGCAGUUUCACUUAUCUCAGACGUUCUCGUCCUGGCAUGCAUCUGGAUCUACCCCUCUCCAAAUUGUUACUUUAACCUGCGUUAUGUGGUGCACAUCACAGCUUACUCAUCACGUACAGUGCUCACUGACUUGUCCAGGGCAGCACGCAUGAGCAUCAUUUUUUGCAUCAUCAGAAUCACCAAUCAUUCAGGCCGCAAACUCCAUAGAUGGCUCGCUUAUCUCAUUGCACUAUCCUUCUUAUGCAUGUGGAUUGCACUGCUGGUCCAGAAGAUCGACGUAUGCAGAUUCCAGGCGUGCCAGAUGUCCGAGUCUGUAGCACUCUCGCAACUGAUCACGGACGUUUUUGCGGAUUUUUCUCUUGUCGCUGCGCCACUGCAAAUCUGGAAAAAUGUAGGGCUCUCACGUGGCAGAAAAAUAUUGGUCUUGUCCUCAUUCGGCGCAUCGAUUCUAAUCACUGCCACGACCAUCCCUCUCUCUGUAAUCCUCUUUUGGCCCCUGUCAAACACUGCGCUCGUCUUCGCGCAUGUCCGGGCUGCGGUCAGUCUUAUCGUCUGCAACGUCCUGGUGAUCGUUACCUUCACAUACCGCGUAUUGUUGAGAGAAACUUGUGAUAUUGACCAAUCUUUCACAUCCCCCGGAACAUUUUCCACUGUCAUCUUGACGCAGUACACGUACACUAGGACUUCAUUCUGUGGACAGGAGGGAACAACCUCGAGACAGAUAACGACAACAACGGCGCAGACGAAGCCAAAGUUGGAUGAUGCAAGUACGCUGGGCGCUGAAGAGAGCACUAACGUUGAGGGAUAG